AUGUAUACGGUUACGACGAAAGAAGUGCUGACACCAAUCGCAGAAUGCGUAUCCGAAUUAAUACAGGUCGUGACGGACUCUCAAUCGAAGAAUACCCCCCUCGCUGACCUUACUGCUUUGGCUCGAAUUAUGGACGAACAAGUACAGCAACUGAUUAGUGUCGCCAGAAGCAUACAAUCAAACACUCCUGAUGAUGCCAUCUUGGCUCAAGAGUUGCCAAGAGCAUGUGAUGAAGUCUCUGUCGCGUCGUUGAUGCUUGUAGGAGCAACCGACGAUUUGAAGAACGAUCCAUUUGCCAAAGCACCAAAACAAACCAUGUUGGAUGCUAUCAAGGGCGUGUUAUCUGGUACCACGCAUCUCAUCUACGCUGUCGAUGAUUCGGACGUUAGAAAGAUUGUCACUGCCUGUGAUACAGCUAUAAAACUAUAUAGUGCAAUCCCUACUACUUCCAUUGCACCACCUCAACCUUUGAUUCAUUUAAUUCAACAAACUUCUACUGUAUUGGUCACUGUCGUCCAGCUCUCUACAAAACGAGUGUCAGAAUUAUUGCAACCCAUGCUUCAAACUCGAUUAAAGGGUGCUCUUCAAAGCUUACAACGUGAAUCUCCCUUAUUGAUUACCGCUACCAAGUCUCUGAUUCUUGGAGGGGGCAAGCCCGAAGCUGCUGAAUCUGUCAGGGAUAUAGUGGCACGGUUGGUCAAGAGCUUGUUGGAAAUCAAAAUCAUCGUCCAAAUUCGAGAAGAUGAUCAAACUGACAUUAAAUUCAAGUACGAUAUUGGACGUCAACGUGCUUCAUUGUUACGUGUGCAGCGUGGAUUGUGCCCCAAGAUCGUUGCCGGCGAGACCACCGUAGUCACCGAACUCUUGGACGAAAUCGUCGAUCUCUCUUCCGGCACCGCCAAGAUGACACAGGACGCUAUCAAGGAGGUCAAGAAUCCAAUGGGUGCCGUCCGUGUCGAAGCACUCGUCAGAGACCUGAAUGGACUCACCAGCCGUGUCAAGGAGGCUGUAGCAAGAGCAUUAGCCGAUCCCACGAAUGCCGAAUACCGUCGAGAAUUACAAAAUCUUCUAGAUUCGCAGUCGAACCGCAUCAACUUAUUAGAAGACGAAUUACGACGAGCUAUUAUUUCAGAACUAGAACAAGAAUUUGCCGAUUUGAAUGAAAAAAACGAAACCGGCACUUCCAAACGUUUACAAGAUGCUGCAGCUAACGGAGAUAAAGAUCUAACUGCUUCAGUAUCGGCUGGAUUCAAGGAACGAACAAACAAUAUAGUACGAUUGGCCACUUUGGCGAUUGAAACAACUGGAGCUGCCAACCCACAACUGGCCGAAGAAAUCAAAAUCAAGAUUGCUGCUUCUCAAGGGCUGGCUAAUUCGUUUGCUGCUGCAUCACAGGCUUUAUCUCAAAAUCCAGAUGAUCAGAAUGCCAAAGAGCAUGCUUUGGCUGUCUCGAAAGCAUUCCAAGCCGCUCUCCUGGAGUUGGCUAAUGCUCUUGUACAACAGGAGGGUCUCUUCAACGGAUAUGAGCUCAUUGCAGCUGCCAAAACUUCACUGGAGGCUGCCAUGUUGAACUUCCAGAAGGCAGUUGCUGAUGGUGAAAUGGAAAAGAUAAAGAGGGCUGGUGCAGCUCUGCCAUUAGCCGCAGAUCGAGUGAUUGCUAUCGCCAACACUGAAUUGGAGAACUCGGCAGACCAAGGGUACAAAGAGGAACUGGCUAUUGUCAUCAAGAAGGCGCAAGCAGGCAAGUGCCUACGAGAGCACUGGACCACACGAGCAGUCACAUCGCCAGUAGGUGUAGAAGAACGUGUUGGUAACUUUAAGGAAGCCACAGUUGCUCUUAUGGAAGUCAUGAACUUGUUGAGAGAUGCUAUGAUUAGCUCUCGUGGUACUUCACUGGAUAAUGUACCUGCACCAUUGAGACCCUUACCAGCUCCUCCAGGUGUUACUGCGGCUCUACCAGCUCUGCCAACACCUCCCAAAGCUGCAUCUUUACCUAUCGCAGAAAUCAAGAACAUCGAGACAGUUGAAAAGGUAUCCGAGGAAGUGAUGGCGAAUACUCCAACUUCUCCAGUGUUCGAAGUACCAGUACCGUUAACACCAGAAGAGGCCAAGGCGAAUCCGAUAUUGGCUGCCGCCGUCGACCUCAAGAUUGCAGCAGCAGUAUAUGUCGCCAAAGAUAAUUUAAUAGUGUCUAAAGCCAGUGACAUUUCCACCUUGUUUGCUGAAAUGUCUGCCGUAUCAGCCGACCUUCGCAAGUCUCCAACACCAGAAGCCAAAUCCCGAUUUAUUCAACUAGCACGAGAAAUUGGUAAAUGCUCAGAGGACUUCACCGCCAAGGCCAACGAAAUCAUGAAGGCUUGCACGGAUCGCCGUCUAGUAGCCAGGUUGAAGGCUGAUAUUGAAAGAUGUUUGACGCUGGGUCAGCAAAUACGUAUUGUUGCUGCGGUUAAAGCUUCAGAACCCAAGGAUGUUGAUAAUGAGCAGCAAUUGAUUGUAUGUGCCCGAAACUUGAUGAAGACUAUGCAAGAAUCGAUGGUCAACUGCGAGGCUGCAAGUUUGAGGGUGCCUGCCAGUGCGGGUCUGUCUAAUGCCUACUUCCAAAAGAGGGGCCAUGCUUCACAUUAA